AUGUGUUGUUUGGUUGGUCAUGUGUUGGAGUGUAGUGUUCUUGAUGUUGGAACUGGUGAUUGGCAGAUGUUGAGUCCACCUCGUUACAAGGUCCAUUCGAGAAGAAAAUCGGUGUGUGAAUGGAUCGAUCUACUGGCUACAAAGCAUUGGGAUUGGUUACAAAAUACUAGCCCAUUGGAUCUUCACAAAGAAGACUUCAAUAAUGUACCAGUUCUGCCUGUAAGUGUCACGCAAGAAACAACCCAAUUAGUGAAUCUUGAGGACCGCCUCGCCAUAGCCAGUACAUAUACUAAUCCUGAAUGGAAACUAGAGAUAUGGAGCAUGGAUACAAAAGAAGAAAGAUUGAGCAAGACUUACUCCAUACAUUUAGUCGGAAAAGGUAUUUUCCCCGAAAUUCGGAAAAGGAGGUUCACGCCUAUCGUGGUUUCUAAGCAAGGAAAUCUUGUCUUCUAUGACAAUUACAAGAGGCUUUUCAAAUGCUAUCCGAAGACAGAUGACAUUCGUUGUCUAUCCUCAGACACUUGUGUUAUAUCUCCUUUCUUCGAAAAUUUGGCUCCGCUGGAGAAUUUGGUUACCACUCUAGUAGUAAAUGGUAAUAUUUGGUUAUCUUGCUAA